AUGAUGGAGAACUACACCUACAACACCCUCACACUCCAGCUGGAAGGGUUGAAUAUUUCAGUAGAGUCCACAUAUGCUUUGUUUCUUCUCCUGCUGUUCUUCUACUUGUUUAUAAUAGUAGCAAAUGGAGGGAUUGCUGUUUUAGUUUUCAUGGACAAGAACCUUCACCAGCCUAUGUAUAUGCUUUUUUGCAACCUGCCUUUUAAUGAUAUUCUUGGAAACUCUAUCAUGGUACCUCGAUUGUUGAUAGACAUAUUGAAGCCUCCAUCUGAACGCUUUAUCAGUUAUUAUGAAUGUGUGGUGCAAGCUUUUACCACACAUAUGUUUGGUACCACGAGUCACACUGUGCUCAUGAUUAUGGCCUUUGACAGAUAUGUGGCCAUUUGUAAUCCUCUGCGAUAUGCUUCCAUAAUGACCAACAAAAUGGUGAUCAAGCUGACGGUUUUUGCCUGGGGAGUGGCCUUUGUUUUGGUCGGGAUUCUGCUUGGACUGACUGUACGACUGAGUCGAUGCAGGACUUUGAUUACAAACCCUUACUGUGACAAUGCCUCUCUUUUUAAGCUUUCCUGUGAAAAUGUGUUCAUUAAUAAUGUCUAUGGGCUCACCUUCACUGUGGUCCUGUUUACAGGUUCUAUGGGCAGCAUUGUUCUCACAUAUGCUAGUAUAACAAUUGUCUGUCUAACCAGUAAGAACAAGUCUUUGAACAGUAAAGCAUUGAAGACCUGCAGCACCCACCUGGUUGUUUACUUGAUUAUGCUGUUGAGUGGAAUGAUUGUCAUUAUGUUGCAUCGCUUUCCACAGUACUCAGAUUACAGAAAACUUUGUUCCAUUUUGUUUCACAUCAUCCCUGGAAGCCUCAACCCCAUUAUUUAUGGUGUACAGUCCAAAGAGAUGCAAAAAUUAUUUGCAAAGUUACUACAGAAGAAAACUGGGCCAUUAAAAUAA